GGCGCACGUGGUCGCGUGUUUUGCUCACAGUAUCGAGUUUGAGGGUGUCGGUGAGCUGAGCUGGACGUGCGGGAGAACUUUAAGAAGCCCAAGGCGUGCUGCUUUCUUCUUUCGUCUGUAUUUAAUGUUUAUAGUUUAAAGUGCAGUUAAGUAUAGAUUCUGGAUUGCGUUCGUUUUUGCAUUAUCUUAUUUCCAAAGUAACCAAGAGUUCGUGAAAGCAGCCCCUGUUUCAUACAAUGUCCGCGACGAACUGCAAACAGAGCAAAAGCUGCCCCAUUCCGACCCGAGUGCUGCACUUGAAGGACUGGUCUCAACUCCCAGACUGCUACAGCACGACGCCUGGCGGGACGCUCUUUUCCACCACACCAGGAGGGACCCGCAUCAUUUAUGACCGCAAAUUCCUCCUUGAAUGCAGAAAUUCACCAAUUGCGCGGACACCUCCAUGCUGCCUCCCACAGAUUCCUGGUGUCACUGUACCUCAGCUCUCUCCACUUUCCAAACUUGAGGAACUCAAGGAGAUUGAAGAGCCUGAAAAAGAAAUGCCAGCUGAUGAUGCCCAGUUCGAAAUGGAUAUUUGAACAAGCAAGACGAAAAAGAACCGAGUGACUGUUUUUCUCCUUUUGUAUGAAAAGUUUUGCUUAUUGUCAACUUUUUUCCCUUGAAGAAUCACAAAGGCCAAUUUUGUGGGCGAUUUGAUUUCUGAUGAAAUGUAGGAUUUCGAGGAAAAUGUUGUACAUGGUCUAACGUUUGCAUUGUCUGAUCUAGUUCAUGUUCUUUUAAAAAAAAAAAAAGCCUUUUUUUUUUGGUUUGUUUUUUUUAAUCCAAUCGCAGAGGGUUAUGCAGGUAUUUUUAGUUUAUGAAUUCGGCGGUUUUUCUGGGCUUUGAAAACUUGCUGACUGUAGUAGAUGUCAUUCUGAACUGUGUACAUAAUGAAUGUUAGUGGUAACAGCUGCUCCUUUGGAGUGUUCAGCUGGCAGAAUUGUAUUUCUGGACCUUGUGUAUGAUAUUGUCUAACUGCUCAAUUAAAAAACAAAAAAAAACACAGCCAAUCAA